AAUAGCAUUGCUUGCAUAUGACUUUGCUGGUUGAUGUUAAAAUCAGCUGUGAUGCCAUUUAAACCAGAGUGAAAACAUCAUCUUGAGGUUGCUGUGUAAUUUUUUGUAUCUUUUUCAUAUUUAAGGAUUGACAUUUAACCAAAAUACCUUCUUCAUUUAGUGUUUAAUUUUUUAAAAGUGCUGUUCAAAACAAAGCUUCAAAAUAACACAAAAUCAGCUGGAGUUUAAAACCAUCUGUAAUAUUUACCAGUUCGAUGUACAUAUAUAGAAGAUUGAUUUGCUUCGAAUUAUAUUCAAUCUAAAAUUAAUCACUCGACUAUUUUUUUAUCCAUGUAAAUAGCUCAUGCAUCUUAACUGAAUUUCAAGUAAUUUAUUCAGUCUUGUGUCUUUCAACUAUCAAUUUCAACUUUCAAAAUCCUUAUCAGCCUCUGUUGAUACCAUAUUGUUUCAACCUAUUGGUUUGAUAAGAAAUCAUGUUUAAAAAGUUGAUCGUGCCAGGAUUUGCUGCUGCCAUUGGUUGCACUGGAGGAAUUUUAUUCGAACGGCAUCGAAAUCAAGUAAAUUUUUCAGUCAGUGCGGACUCUUCAGUUGUUGAUGGUAUCAAUCCAUCCGAUGUUUUAAUGCCCAUUUCAUCUAGUCAAAUAAAACCAACCACAGAUCAGACCAGCUCGAGAGUAUCCACGAUCAUGAAACAUGGGUAUCCAAGUUAUGACUCUGUGAGGUUGUACAAAAAUUUUGUCCUUUCUUACGAUCGUCGUUUACGCACUGCUAAUUGGGUCUUUGAGCAUUUGACGCCUCAAAGUUUGGACAGAAAUGCCAGUGUAUCUAGGAAAAACUGUGAUUUUUUUGAAGAUCCCUCAAUUCAUCCUUCAUUUAGAGCCAGAAACCAAGAUUUCAAAGGCAGUGGAUAUGAUAGAGGACAUUUAGCACCAGCUGGCAACUACAGAAGUAAUCAAGAAGAAGGUUGCCAAACAUUUAUCUUGUCCAACAUAUCUCCACAAGUUGGUGUUGGAUUCAAUCGUGGUGUUUGGAAUAAUCUAGAAAAAUAUGUCCGUUAUCGAGCACGUCGAGCAAAAAAUUUAUGGACAGUUACGGGUCCUUUGUAUCUCCCAAGGAAUAAAAAUGGAAAGAAAUACGUAAAGUAUGAAGUCAUUGGAGAUCACGAUGUUUCAGUGCCAACUCAUUUUUUCAAAGUUCUUCUGGUUGAGAAUGAUGAUGGAAACUACGAAAUUGAAAGUUUUGUUAUCCAGAAUAAGCAGAUAGAUGACAAUAUACCUCUCAAAGCAUUUAAAGUUCCGAUUGAUAGCAUUGAAAGAAGUGCUGGUUUUGUCCUGUUUGACAAGAUGCCUAAACAAAUGGUACGAUCAAUGAAUAGCAACAACAGAUUUUUAGACAAUUUCCAUAAAAGUUUAACUCAAAAAGAUUCAAAGGAACCUUAAAACACUUAUCAAGUCAUACAACUCAUAUAGUGAAAUCAUUUUCAAUUCUGUCAAGGCAUAUCAGUGCACAAGUAUACAAUUUAUUUGAAGUUGCGUUUUGAUUAGGAUCCAUAUGUACUUUAUAUAGGCUGGUAAAUCAGCUUUACAAAUAGGUUAUGUACAAGAUUAAGAAAAA